GUGUUCCGCAAGGCCUUGGUCUCUGAUAUAAAACCCUCACUCACACCCACCAUUUUCUCCAUCUUCCUCCUCAAUCUCCCAAUCCAUAACCGACCCUUAAAGUUUCCGCUCUCUCUUCUCACAGUCAAAAAUGUCGGCCUUCAAGGGAAAGUAUCACGAUGAGCUCAUUGCUAAUGCUGCCUACAUUGGUACCCCGGGAAAGGGUAUCCUUGCUGCCGAUGAGUCAACUGGCACGAUUGGCAAGCGUCUUUCCAGCAUUGGCGUUGAGAAUACUGAGACAAACAGGCGCGCUCUCCGUGAGCUGCUUUUCACCACUCCCGGUGCCCUCCAAUACCUCAGUGGAGUCAUCCUCUUUGAGGAAACCCUCUACCAGAAGACAGCUGCUGGUAAGCCGUUCGUUGAUGUUUUGAAGGAGGGCGGUGUCCUUGCUGGAAUUAAGGUUGACAAGGGCACUGUUGAGCUUGCUGGUACCAAUGGUGAAACCACAACUCAGGGUCUGGAUGGCCUUGGCGAACGUUGCAAGAAGUACUACGAAGCUGGUGCCCGAUUUGCAAAAUGGCGUGCUGUGCUCAAGAUUGGCCCCACCGAGCCAUCUCAGCUGGCAAUCAACGAGAACGCCAAUGGGUUGGCCCGAUAUGCUAUCAUCUGCCAGGAGAAUGGCCUUGUCCCCAUUGUUGAGCCAGAGAUCCUUGUUGAUGGAUCCCACGACAUUCAGAAGUGUGCUGUGACCGAACGUGUUCUUGCCGCAUGCUACAAGGCACUUAACGACCACCAUGUCCUGCUUGAAGGGACUCUCUUGAAGCCUAACAUGGUGACUCCAGGAUCUGAUUCCAAAAAGGUUGCGCCCGAGGUGGUUGCCGAGCACACUGUCCGCGCCUUGCAGCGCACCAUGCCUGCAGCUGUCCCUGCUGUGGCUUUCCUCUCUGGUGGGCAGAGCGAGGAGGACGCUACCCUCAACCUCAACGCCAUGAACAAGUUAAAGGCGAAGAAGCCAUGGACUCUUUCAUUCUCCUUCGGACGUGCCCUUCAGCAGAGCACUCUCAAGGCUUGGUCAGGAAAGGAGGAGAAUGUGAAGAAGGCUCAGGAAGCUUUCCUCACCAGGGCCAAGGCUAACUCGGAAGCGACAUUGGGAGCCUACAAGGGUGACGCCAAGCUUGGCGAGGGUGCCGCCGAGAACCUUCAUGUCAAGGACUACAAGUAUUGAUUGGGGAAGCUGUCGAAUACCAAAUUGUUAUGCGGUUAGAAGGUAGCUUUGUUUUCGCGGUCUCGUAACCUAGGUCGUUCCUUUUUGUUUGCUGAAACUUUGAUCGUGAUCUCAGUCGUGCUGAGAUUAUUACCGGAUACUAGUAGGUUUUGAUAAAAGCUUUGAGGAGAGUUUUAGUUUGUUCAUCGACUUGGUUUUAGUUUGGAGAAAUGUAAACUUCUUUUGUUAUAUAUUUGGGUUCAUUGAGAAUGUGUUUAUUUGAAAGUUCUUU